AUGUCUGGUUAUUCAAGCCAGGAACCAGAUGGAAAUUCACAUCAAUCCACUUCUGAACAGCAAAAUUGUGCGCCACAACAACCUUCUUCAAGCUCUCAUCGCCAUCACACAACGAUGAUCGUUCAUGAUGAUCGACAUCAUCACCAUGAUGGUCAUCGCCAUCAUCACCAUGGGUCCAAAUGGAAGUACAGUUCAAUCUUCCUCUGCACAGCAAAAUCCAGCGCCACAGGGACCAUGUUCAGUUUCCCGUCAUCAUCACCAAGCUACGGUGACCACCUAUGAAGGCUGUCAUCGUCACCAUGGUGACCAUCAUGGUAUCGUUUAUGAUGAUACCCGUGACCGUAACCACCAUCAUCACCAUGGUCAUCACCAUCACCAC